CUCUCUCUCUUUCCUAUUUUUCUUGUUAAUUCUUUUUUUUUUUUGGUUGCAUUUUUGGACAUAUUUUUGAUAUGGAAAGCCAAACAAAUUAUAUAGGUGAAAAUUACACAAAAGAGUUGGAAACACCUACAAAUAUCACUAUAAAAAAGAUUCUUGGCUUGUUGAUGGGCAUCAUAGAUGGAGAUGAUGAAAUGAAGAGGGAAGUGAUCUCAUUGGGAAUAGGAGAUCCAACAGCUCAUUCAUGCUUUCACACAACAAAUGCAGCUAAGGAAGCUGUUGUUGAGAGUCUUCUUAUUGAUAAAUUUAAUGGCUAUUCUCCCUCUGCUGGUCUUCCAACUACUAGAAAGGCAAUUGCAAGCUACUUAUCAAGAGAUCUUUGUUAUGAAUUAUCACCAGAAGAUGUGUAUAUUACUGUUGGUUGCACACAAGCUAUAGAAAUAGCAGUGUCUUUUCUUGCAAAACCUAAUUCUAACAUUUUGCUACCAAGGCCUGGCUUCCGAACUUAUGCACUUUGUGCUUCUUUUAGAAAUAUUGAAGUUAGGUACUAUGAUCUUGUACCUCAAAAUAAUUGGCAACUUAAUUUGGAGGCAAUUGAAGAUUUGGUUGACCAAAAUACUAUUGCAAUUGUUAUUAUAAAUCCUGGAAAUCCUUGUGGAAAUGUCUACUCUUAUGACCAUUUAAAGAAGAUAGCAGAAACUGCAAAGAGAGUGAAGACAUUGAUCAUAGCAGAUGAAGUUUAUGGACAUCUUGCUUUUGGAGAAACCCCUUUUAUACCAAUGGGAUUAUUUAGUUCAAUAACACCAAUAUUAACACUUGGUUCAUUGUCAAAAAGAUGGUUAAUUCCUGGUUGGAGACUUGGUUGGUUUGUCAUUAAUGAUCCUAAUUGCAUUUUCAAAUCCCCUAAGAUUAUUGAACGUAUCAAUAAUUAUUGUGACAUAUGUGCAAGUCCCACAACUUUCAUACAGGCAGCAGUCCCCAAAAUUAUUGAAAAUACCAAAGAGGAUUUCUUCAAAAAUACACUCAAAAUGUUAAAGAAAAAUUCAGAUAUAUGUUAUGAAAAGAUACUCGAAAUUCCAUGCCUAAAUUGCCCUUAUAAACCUCAAGGUUCAAUGGUUGUUAUGGUGAAUCUCAAUAUAAUUCUCCUCCAAAAUAUAAUUGAUGAUAUGGACUUCUGUUUUAAGCUUGCCAAGGAGGAAUAUGUCAUUUUACUUCCUGGAACUUCUGUGGGACUUAAAAAUUGGAUCAGAAUCACAUUUGCAGUUGAGUCAUCUUUUCUUGAAGAAGGAUUAAAAAGACUCAAAUCUUUUUGCCUCAGGCAUUCCAAGCCCCAAAAUUUAAUUAAUUAAUUAAUGCUAAUUUUCUGAAUUUGAUUUUCAUAAUUCUUGGCUAAUUUGGUGAAUAAAUUCAAGUAUAAUGUUUAUUCUAAA